AUGCGAGAGUUUGUCGGAGAAUAUGGAAAAGGUGUACGACAGGAAAACGUUCGUUCAAAAACGAAAGAGUUGACUGGCACACUUCCAUAUGCCCUCAGCAUGUGUUCCUCUGUCAUCACAGCCUCAUCGGAAGACUGCCACGACGUAACAACAGCCUGCCAAAUAGAGGAUGCUAAUGAAGUACUGCAGGCUAGAACUGUGUGGGUGCAAACUGUUUACCACAAUAAGGAUGUCGUUGCUGUGAGACAUAACCGCAGAAGAGAGAUUUCGCCAUUCUGG